UUUUCCAUUACUCUCUUACAGAGACCACCUUGACGGACACUGUGAGAGAUUUUUAGGCUCGCUCAGCCUUCAUUAUUAACACAUAUUUUCCUUUUCAUAUUCCCCCGGAGAACAGUCAACAUGCGUGAGUGUAUAUCCAUCCACGUAGGCCAGGCGGGUGUCCAGAUGGGCAACACCUGCUGGGAGCUGUACUGUCUGGAGCACGGCAUCCAGCCGGACGGGACCAUGCCCACCCGCACGUCUGGGGGAGGGGGCCACGACGACUCCUUCACCACCUUCUUCAGCGAGACUGGCUCGGGGAAAUACGUGCCCCGGGCCAUCUUUGUGGAUCUGGAGCCCACUGUUAUCGAUGAGGUGCGGACAGGUACCUAUCGCCAGCUCUUCCAUCCUGAGCAGCUCAUCUCUGGCAAGGAGGACGCUGCCAACAACUACGCCCGCGGGCACUACACCAUCGGCAAAGAGGUCAUCGACUCGGUGUUGGACCGCAUACGCAAACUGACUGACCAGUGCACGGGUCUCCAGGGCUUCCUGGUGUUCCACAGCUUUGGUGGGGGCACCGGUUCUGGUUUCACCUCCCUGCUAAUGGAGCGUCUCUCCGUCGACUACGGCAAGAAGUCCAAGCUGGAGUUCGCUAUUUAUCCAGCUCCCCAGGUGUCCACUGCAGUGGUGGAGCCCUACAACUCCAUCCUGACCACCCACACCACCCUGGAGCACUCUGACUGUGCCUUCAUGGUGGACAAUGAGGCCAUCUACGACAUCUGCCGUAGGAACCUCGAUAUCGGCGGCCCAUCAUACACCAACCUCAACCGUCUUAUUAGCCAGAUCGUCUCCUCCAUAACGGCCUCCCUCAGGUUUGACGGAGCCCUGAAUGUGGACCUGACGGAGUUCCAGACCAACUUGGUGCCCUACCCUCGUAUCCACUUCCCUCUGGCCACCUAUGCUCCCGUCAUCUCUGCUGAGAAGGCCUACCACGAGCAGCUGUCUGUGGCUGAGAUCACCAACGCCUGCUUUGAACCUCAAAACCAGAUGGUGAAGUGUGACCCUCGUCACGGCAAAUAUAUGGCCUGCUGUCUGCUGUACCGUGGCGACGUGGUGCCCAAAGACGUCAACUUGGCCAUCGCUGCCAUCAAGACCAAAAGAAGCAUCCAGUUCGUGGACUGGUGCCCCACUGGCUUCAAGGUGGGCAUCAACUACCAGCCCCCCACUGUGGUGCCCGGUGGUGACCUGGCCAAGGUGCAGAGGGCCGUGUGCAUGCUGAGCAACACCACCGCCAUCGCCGAGGCCUGGGCCCGGCUGGACCACAAGUUCGACCUGAUGUACGCCAAGCGCGCCUUCGUGCACUGGUAUGUGGGGGAGGGCAUGGAGGAGGGCGAGUUCUCCGAGGCCAGAGAAGACAUGGCCGCCCUGGAGAAGGAUUACGAGGAGGUGGGCAUCGACUCCUUUGAGGAGGACGAGGAGUAUGAGGAGUACUAGAAUGUUCAAGAAUAUAUUUUCUUUUCUUUUCUUCAAGGAUAUAUCUUUCCCUUUGGGUCGCUGGGCAUACUUAAAUAUUUUAAGUAUAAAUAUUUUCAUAUGUAUUUUUCAACACAUAAAUUUUAUGGGGCACAUGCCUAUCAAUAAAAUAUUGUUGUUGCUGGUU